GCGUAAGUACAAAUAGCUUCCUCAUGAAAUGCAGUGAGAAUCUCAUUUUUUUCUUUUGACGCAGUCAGCAGUCAUUGUUGGGAUCCAACUCAGAAGAAAAUCAAAACAACUCGGACUUGUUUGCCAGCAUGAUAUCUCUGCUACUUCCAAAUGCCGAACGUGAUCCGAAGGCUGAACAAUUUGCGACUGCCGCAAUGAGAUGCCUUUUGAUAACAGGAGCUCUUUCUUUAGUCGCUGCUGGAGAUGAAGGUUGUAUCAAAGAAUGGCGCAUGGAUCCGUCUUGGAGGCAUUCUUUGUAUGAAACAGAUCUCCCUCCUGCAAGAUAUAACCCCAAGACUUUCCGGAGCAUUUUAAAGCUAUAAAUCGUUCCUCAAGCACCUCACCUUGUUCUUGGAUGUGACAUGGAUGGCUACGUUGCAAUCUGGAAUAUCUCCAAAAAGCAGCUGCUUUCUUCAUGCCACAACUUUUCCAGACAUUCACGUCGUCGAUCGUUCUUUGGUGGAUGGUUUCAUAGAUCGAGACUACGAUUGUUGUGUCUGGCUUCUGAAAAAUGUUAAAGACGAUGCGAAACGUCAGAACCUCUGGAGAAUGGCCCUGCUAGAGAAUAAUGCCUUGUUUGUUGGCAGUGAUCUUGCUAACAGAAUAUGCUCAGCAGCCGUUGCUGGCACUGACGAGGGGCGAGUUUUUCUUUGGGAAUUUUCCACUGGAAAAAGGUGGUUGAAAUGUUUGACCAAGAAUCGAAAAUCGUACAAGUGAAAACUACAACGUCGUCGCGUUUGCUGGCAACUGUUGGAGAGGAUGGGCGUGUUGUUCUGUAUGUGUAGGAGGUAUGGCAAUGCAAG